AUAAUGUAUUUAAACAAAAUGACGAAAUACGAGGGUAGCGCAGUUUAUCCUACCUUCCAUUCGAAAUUCAAAUGUUCAUCUCUUCUUCAUCUACCCCUUCGAGCGAAGCACCGUCCAGACACGUGGUUUCUGAAAGAUGGACCAAGGUACCGCCACUAUGAAUUCGGAAGGUUAUCCUGUACUGUUGCUGCCAAAAAAGUGUACUACGUUGGAAACCAAUUGUGAAGUCUCCGAUAAUGUAUUUAUUGAGCUGAAUAUCUCCUCUCCAGAUACCGAAGGGAAUGAAAUGUGUAUUUACACAGGUUUCUGUAAUGUAAAGUUAAUAGAUAGUUAUGAUAUGAAUCUAUGCCACAAAACAAAGGAAAAUGUUCCUACUGAGUAUAAUGAUAAUGACUUAAUAUCAGUAUUGGUGGAUGAGUCUGGAACCCAGAUAGCUGAUGCUUAUAAUCAGAGUCAAGUAUGGAUAGAUCCAGCUAGGAGUCCAUUUGUGUAUAAUCACUAUGACACAAAUCAGCAAGGGCAUUACUCAAUCUAUCACAACACUAGGACUAACCACAUAACUGUUGAACAACACAACACAUACAUCACCCAAAAUGUGUACAAUUAUAACAAAGAGCCUCCAACUUACCCGACAGACGAAUUUGAACAUAAAAAGUUCAGGAAAGUCCAAGUUAGUGAAUCGAGUACUCAGCAGAACACAACGGAACCCAACUUCAAUUUAUACGAAGAAGAUGAGUUUGAGUGUGGUGUGUUUCUGUCCCAAUUACCUGAGGAGAUUCUACAGGAGAAGGAGAAUAGAGUUAGAGAGGAACGGAAAUACAUUGGUAUACCGAGUGAGAAUGGAGCGUUGAAGCAGUUGAUGUCAUCGGACAUUCAGUCAUCUACAAAGCAGCGGAAGACCAUAUUGUUUCUCGGUCAUGAUUCUCAUUAUGGUCAGACCAUACAGAAGAUUGCUAUGAAUGAUCCGUUUUUGGUGUGUUCGGUGAAGGAGGAGGUUAAUUCACAAGUUGUGUAUGAAGAGCCUGACUAUGGAAACCCAAGUCAGAAGAAAUACCAGUGCGACAAAUGCAAACAGAUCUUCGACCAAAUCAUAGAGUUCCGACAGCACAUGGUUGGAGACCACAUCAGCCCAAGGACUUACGACGGCAGAACCGUCGGCGAAAUAAAAUUCCUCUGCACCGAGUGCGGCAAAAACAUCAAAUCGCAAAAGAAAUUCGAGCAACACUGCAUGUCGCACGGCGACCCGGAGCUAGAAUGCAGCAAGUGCCAUAAAGUGUUCGCCUCAAAAUUCACCUUACGUGCACACAAUAAGAUCCAUUCUCGCAAACACGGCUGCGUUUAUUGCUCAAAGACUUACUCUAAACCAGACGGACUGAGGACUCAUGUAGCCAAAGCGCAUUGCGUUUUCAUGUGUGAGCAUUGCGACUUUAAAAGCAAUAAAAGAAAUGAUCUGAAAGAGCACGAGAGAGAGCAUAAUCAAUCUGAUUUUGAUACUUUAAGUGUUUUGGAUGACGACUCUUGUGAAUCAGAUAUUAUUCAAUUGAAGUCGGAUGUUACGGAGAAGUCGGAUUUGGAAUUGAAGUCGGAUUUGGAAUUGAAGUCGGAUUUGGAGAUGAAGUCGGAUGAGGUUCAUGAAGUGAACAGUGUGAAGGAUGAAGAUAUUCGGAGGGCGGAUUCUGUUAUAGCUAAAGUUAUGUCGAACGAGAUUUUUGGAUCGAAGGGGAAGACGAGGCAGUACAGGAAGUGUAAUAAGGUAUGCGACGUCUGCCUAAAGAUCUUCGACCGCAUCGGCGACUUGAAGCGGCACCUGAUCGAGCACAUUAUAAAGAGCACCCUGGAUAAGAUACCCGUCAGCAGGAACGGGACCCUUAAUAUACAGUGCGAGGUCUGCCAGGCCGAGACCUUCACUAAAGUUGACAGGUACAAAGCCCACCUCCGCGAGCACGCCAAGCUAACCAUCUACAAGUGCACAUUCUGCGACAAAUCCUUCAGCGACUCCAGCAACUUUUCCAAGCACAAGAAAAUCCACGGCACAACCUACCUCCAGUGCGACCUCUGCGGCCGCAAAUUCAACUCUAAGCGUAUGCUAAUACAGCACAUGGAAUACCAUAACAAAAACGAACCCAUCCCCUGCCAAUUCUGCCACAAAAUGUUUCAUUUCGAAUCCAUGUUAAACAAACAUAUCAAAUGCGCUCACGCGAACACUCUAAACAAAUUCAAAUGCCGAUUCUGCUGUAACUAUUUCAAAACUCUAAAAGAAAAGUGGGACCAUGAGUGGUCGAUACAUAAUGUUAGGAAGAUGAUUGUUGAUUGUCUGAUCUGUGAUUCUAAGUUUAGGAAGUAUACGGAGUUGAAAAAGCAUUGCUCUAUGGUGCAUAAUGUGGAGAUACCGCCCGCUAAGAAGUUGUGGCCGAAGUAGGCUGGUCCUAUGAAUGAAAUAGGUAUUACUAGGCUACAAUUAGGAUGUUAUAGUCAGAGGAAUACAUUAGAAUAAGAGGUAUAGGUACUGCUAUUCCUGUAUUUUAUAUUUCUGUUACUGCAAAA